UAGGUGGCGGUAAUUCACCCAAAAGUUACAGUCCACCUAAAACAGCAGAAGAAGAAGAAGACGUGGUACCGGAAGUAAUCUUUCUUACCGAGGCUAACACGCUAAACAUUUUCUGUUGCCUUUCACGUAAGAUAAAACACUAUAAGAUACAAACAGAGUGAACCGCUCGUGUGUAGGUGGAGGAUAAACGUGUUAAAGUGGAAACUUUGGUUUCACCUUUCAUCUCCUGUUAGCCACGAAUGCUAACUGAAGUUAGCUUAGCUUGCUAGCUGGAAAUAGACGGAACUCGGCCACACAGCGCUGGUUGGAGGAACUCUGAGUCCAAACUGUGUUUUUCAUUUGUUUAAAAUGUCUAAAGUCCAGAUGCUGAGAGGUUUUAUCAACCAGCGACUAACUGCGGCUGCUGAAGAGAUAUUUGGGCUGUUUGAAAGAACGAUAUCAGAGUACGAGGAGGAACUCUGUCGUUCCAAAGAGGAGAACCAGAGACACAGGAAACUACUGGACGCUGUUUUCCAGCCUGAAGUCCGGUUACACAGAGCAGGCGUCCAGCAGCUGUUGGUGAGUAAAGAAGAGGUUCCCCCUGAGCAGCAGCAGCAGUGGAGCCCCAGGCUGGACCAGGAGGACCCACCAGAGCCGCCACACAUUAAAGAGGAACAGGAGGAACUCUGGACCAGUCAGGAGGGAGAGCAGCUUCCAGGACUGGAGGAGGCUGAUAUCACCAAGUUCCCAUUCACUCCUGUCCCUGUGAAGAGUGAAGAAGAUGAUGAAGAGAAACCUGAAUCCUCACAGCUUCAUCAAAGCCAAACUGAAGAGAACAGAGAUGCAGAGCAUUUGGAAACAGAAGCUGAUGGAGAGGACUGUGGAGGACCAGAACCAGCCUGGAACUUUAAUCCAGAUAGUCCUUUACAACCAACUACUCAUGGCCAGACUUCACUCCCCUCUGAACCUGAGACUGAUGAUAGUUGUGAUUGGGAGGAGACCAGGGAACCUGUCCAGAGAGGGGAGAAACCAUUUGGUUGUUCAGUUUGUGGUCAAAGAUUCAAACGAAAGGGACAUCUGAGACGACACUUGAAUGUGCACACGGGGGAGAAACCAUUUAGUUGUUCAGUUUGUCCUAAAAGAUUUGCACUACAGGGGACUCUGAGACGACACUUGACUGUCCACACGGGGGAGAAAAUAUAUAGUUGUUCGGUUUGUAGUAAAACAUUUUCACUACAUGAAACUCUGAGACGACACUUGACCGUCCACACGGGGGAGAAACCAUUUAGCUGUUCAGUUUGUGGUAAAAAGUUUACACAAAAGGGGAAUCUGAGACAACACUUGAAAGUCCACACGGGGGAGAAACCAUUUAGUUGUUCAGUUUGUGGCAAAAGAUUCACACUACAUGCAACUCUGAGACAGCACUUGCCUGUUCACACAGGGGAGAAACCAUUUAGCUGCAGUGUUUGUGAUAAAAGAUUCACUCGACUCCAUAUUGUCAAAACACACAAGUGUGUUGGUGAGAGCAGCGGAAAUAAAUGAAACUGCUCUUUGAGCCAAUUCUUUCUAGCAGCAGUGUUUCCCACAUAUAGGCUUUACUUGGGAGAGCCCGCUCAGGGAUAUUAACGGUCAAAGUAUAUUUGGGUGAGUGUGCAGGGACAAGAGAACUGAAGGGUAAAGCACGAUGAGCAGAGUAAACACUAAAACACCGAGGUGGUGAACGAUGUAGAGUUUAAAUUUAAUUUGUUGAAGCCGGACUUCAUACAAAAGUUAGAUGCCAUAUGUAUGUUGAGAGAGUUAUUCAUUGUCGUGAUCAUUCUCGAAGUGGAUAUCUCCAUCCUGGUACUGUUGUGGCACCAACUUCCAAGGAACUAUCAAGACAAAUCCCUCCGCCCUGGUUAACCAAGGAAACACUGUGGAAACACUAAAAGGGCACAAAAAUACUAAAACUCAGUGGUGGGUGAAUCCACAUGUGGUGCUCUAGUGAGUAUUUGGGGCAGCAGGACGGAGGAUGUGGACUGAGUCAGAAUAAACUACAGUGUGUGUUCAUGGUGAUGAAGGAACAUGUGACUCAGUGCAGCAGCGAGGUUCACUGAUGUGGUUUUAAUACUUUCUGGACAACAAUGGAGAAAGAAGAGACAUCAGACUGUGAGACACAAACAGUACAAGACUAUAAAACUAUUAUGUUUUUACAGGAUUUAUUCCCAGGCUAAUUCAUGGAAUAGAAAAGUAUUAGUUAUCAGGUGUGAAAAGAGUAUUUAUUUGAACUGUUUGGGAUGGUCGCCCUCAAGUAGCAAAAGUAAUAAGUAAUACUGUGUCAUUUAUUAUUGAAAAGUAUUUUUUUCAUUAUUUGUUUCUGGUAAUUGUGGUCCAGUGUCUGAGUUGACUAGGUGUAGCUUCUUUGAAUUCACAGUAACAUAUUCUAAUAAUGUAGAAAUCAGAGCAGAAGAGUGAGAAACAUCUACUAUACUUUAUUUAUUCCUAUACUUUAUACUUGACAUAUGCUAUAUGGACAAAUGUACUGGGGACAAACCUGUCCUAAAACUGUUCAUGGUAUGGUCUUUGUUAAGGGAAAUCUUGAUGCUACAAAAACAAUUAUAGACAAAAGUUCAAAACA